AUGGCCUCCGCGGUCUGGAAAGACGCCUCCAAGGCGCUCGACGAUGCCUUCGCCUCGCCGACUGCGCCUGUCCCUCUGCCAGAGGAGCUUCAACAAGCCAUUGACGCCUUCCUCGAAAAGAUCCACGAGCUCGACGAGGCCGACGCGCAGCGCUUGCAUGAAGACCUGCUAGCCUGCUACCAUGCCCAUAUUCACGACCACUCGGAGAAGCACGGUGCUUUUCUAAAACUCCUCAACCAGCUGCGACCCGCGAUCAGAGGUCAUGUCCGUCUGACUGAGUGGUGGGACCUGGUACUGCGGCCAAUUAUUGACGGAGUGGGCUACAAGAGGGAGGAAGUCGAGGACGCGCGCGAAUUUGUGCUGAGCGUACUCGCUUACGAGCCCGGAGAGGAAGAUGAGCAGGAGAAAGCGAUGAGCGCGGCAGUAUUUCUGAAAAAGCUACUCGACUGUUACUUAUGGCGAACGCGCAUUCCUAGCGGCGACAACGACACAAUCACACCAGAAGAUGAAUUUGUCUCGCAUGAAGUCGAAUUGGUGCUUGUUGCAUUUGGUCGAGGGAAGCCAAAGGAACUGCUUUCUGCACUCAAUGAGCUCUUUGUCCAAGCCAAAUGCCGCGCUCAGGCAGUCAGCCUGCUUAGCACCUUCGUCCGCGUUCAACCACCGCACCUGUACUCCGUUCUUGAAACGCCGCUGAUCCAGAACCUGGAGAAAUGCAUGAUGAUCGAUGAUUCAGGGACAGUGGUUGAGCUCGCGCUCACUGUUCUGAUAAUGUUUCUCCCUCACAUCACGGGAUCUCUUGUGCCUCACCUUCCCAAGCUUUUCCUGAUAUACAGCAGGGUUCUCUGCUGGGAACAGGUCACGGGGGAUGCAGCUGAGGAGUUGCAAGGGUUAGGUGAAGAGGCCGCUGAGGAUGAAGAUUCCGACAACGAGGCCGGUGAUAAGACCGGCGACGACUGGGAAAAGCUUGCACAUGCCUUCGAUCAUCCGGAAACAUCAGCGCCAGGCGCUCUCUACUAUUUUACUUUCCUCUAUGGCCUUUUUCCGAUCAACUUCAUGACGUACGUCCGGAAACCGAUCAAAUGGCUCAAGAGCGUCAACUAUCUUGGAGCGGAUGAUAUAAUCUUGGACCAGGAUGCCAUACGGAGGCGCACUGAACCUUUCCGUCAAGUUCAUCUGUUGCAUCCUAACUUCUUCAAUAUGACGGCCGAAGACGAGCUGAGCGAGACUCGUUUCCUGAAGAGUGACCCCGCGGAUGUCGUGACGGGCUGCAUGAGUCUAUGCAUGAACGUCUCGGCCUCCUUGGAGGAUCCUGGGCCACCACCAAAUGCGAAGUUGCCUGACAUACCCGAGCCAUUCGUGGCUACUGAGGACAUACCUGCCACCACGUUGGAUGACGAUGCAACCGCGGUUAAUAGUGCGGCAUCCCCUACUGACAUUAAAUCUGCUAGCUUGCGGAACACCCAGUCUACUGUACUCAACAGCCCUUCCAAAGAGCCUGUGAACCUCUUACGGAAUCCAUCACAGCCGGCAAUUCUUUCCUCUAAUAUAGGAGGGUCGCCAGCUGUACGGCCAUCUGACGAUACCACAGACAGUCCCACAUUGCCUGGCCAAGCCGCGCCGCUCGAAGUCGAGAAGGCGCCAUUCCAACGCAGACUGACUCUGCGGAAGGAUAGCGAUGCCUCGACGGGAUUCAAUAUUCUCGCAUCACCCAGGCUCGAAGCUUUUGCAAAUGCCAUGUCGUCCAAUCAAAUUUCCAGCUCUCCGACACAUGUACGCCUAACUCAGAACCUCGCCACUUUGCAGCGUGAGGUAAUGCUUUUGCGGAAUGAUCUGAAUUUUGAGCGGUAUUUAAAGAACCAACACCUUUCUCAUAUUGGACAAUUGCAACGGAGACAUAUCAAAGAAUCGCGAGUGGAAGCGGAAACCCAGAACCUGAUCAACACAAACCGCAACCUGAAGGCUAAGCUCCAAAAGGCCAAUGAGCUAUAUGCGCAGUUGAAGAAAGAGACCAUGACGGGAAGAAACCAAUCUAAAAAGUGGGAAGGCGAGUUGAGCACGAAGCUCAAAUCUUUCAGAGAUGAAUCCAAAACCUGGCACACCGAAGAGGAAUCUCUUCGGACCGGUCUCCACAAAGCCCGGUCUGACAACGAGCGUUUAAGGAGGCUCGUCGUUGAGAGUGAAGCACGGGAGCUGAAUUCGAACCAGAAUGUACAGACGAUACAGGUCGAGAUGGAAGAGAUGGAUCAUUUGCGCCAGGAAAUCGAUACUCUCCAAGCCAGGAUACGGGAAUUUGAACUCAAGGAGCUCGAAUUCCAACAAGCCAAGGAGAACCAAGAAUUGUUACGCAACGAACUCAAGCUUGCCAACAUGAAACUCGACAGCCGAGAUGCCGACCGCGAGAGAACCUCAAGGGCCCAUGAACGCAAGUACGCUGAGCUUGCCACUCAUCAGUCAUCAUCAUCUCAUGCCGCCACAAAUACAACCCAGUUGAACCCGGCUGUACAACAAAUUAUUGACUCGGCCCUCGCUGCAACCAACAGUAGAUUCAAUCAACUGAAGAAGACGCAUGGGCGUUUGCUACAUCGUUUUACUGAGCUUGAGAUGCAUUGUCAGGCUCUGGAAGGCGAUUUAGCUUACGCGCGCGGACGAUCUCAGGGCAACGGCCACAGUGAAGCCUCUCACAGUCCCAUUGAUGAGUCCUCAUCCGGCAGCUUUGUUCGUGGCAGCAGUGCCUUUACCGGUAGCAUAACCAGCGGCCGGGUGAGCAGUCUUGCAACUCGCGGCCUGCAGCAUUCUCGUGCCUUCUCAGACAACGUACGCCACGAUGACGAGUUCCUAGAGGAUGAUUACCUGGAUUACCAUUCUCCCAGCUCUUCUCUACCACCCCGCAAUAUCUUCUCGGCACGCCCUGAGUGCAGCGAGUCUCUGCCGUCACGCGGUAUCCGCACAGAGCCUGCGAGCCCGGCGGAGGUAUCGAUCUCACCUAUAGAAGCCUUUCCUGCCCCGCGCUUCCACGCCUUCGAUCCCUUGCAGCCUAGCAAUAGGAGCACCCUCAGUGUCGAUACAAGCGGCAGCGGCCACAGCCGAGGCGACAGGCAGAAAUCCCAGUCAAAGCCGGAUAUGCGCAUCUACGGAAGAGGCGGCGCCCAAAACACUGGCAAGAAAAACAAUGGCCGCAGCGGCAGCAGCGACAGGAGGGAUCCGCCCCGCUCCGGCAGCGGCGGUUUCCGCGGUUUCAAAGGCUUGAUGUUCCAAAACUGA